AGAGAGAGAGAAGCAGAUCGUAUCAUCAUCACGAGACGACCAUCACAAUAACAGAGAAAGAGAGAGAGAGAGAGAGAGAGGAUGUCUGGUGUGGUUGCUCUUGGUCAUGCGAGCUCGUGGGGCGCAGCGCUGGUAAGGAUCUCGCCGUAUACUUUCUCCGCAAUCGGAAUCGCCAUCUCGAUCGGCGUCUCAGUCCUCGGUGCCGCCUGGGGAAUUUACAUUACGGGAAGUAGUUUGAUCGGUGCGGCUAUUGAAGCUCCUCGUAUCACUUCGAAGAAUCUCAUCAGUGUCAUCUUUUGCGAAGCGGUAGCUAUAUAUGGCGUUAUUGUUGCAAUCAUACUGCAAACAAAGUUGGAGAGUGUCCCAUCUUCAAAGAUGUAUGACGCUGAGUCUCUUAGAGCUGGAUAUGCAAUCUUCGCAUCUGGAAUCAUAGUUGGAUUCGCCAACCUUGUAUGCGGGUUAUGUGUAGGAAUCAUUGGAAGCAGUUGUGCAUUGUCUGAUGCUCAAAACUCGACACUAUUUGUAAAGAUUCUUGUGAUUGAGAUCUUCGGGAGUGCUCUCGGGUUGUUUGGAGUUAUUGUGGGAAUCAUUAUGUCUGCACAAGCGACAUGGCCAACGAAAUAGAUAUAUCCGGUCUGUAUAUGUUGUGGUCUACUUGCAAAUCUGGAAAAAAAACAUGGCUUCUUGAUUAUCUUCAUUGUUAUAUGGAUACUGAUGUCUAGAAGAAAAUCAUGUGUGAAAACUGAGAACCACUUUUGGAUCCUAAUUUUUUGUAUUUGUUUAAAACUUUGGAAUAAGUCACUUUGGAGAACAUCUUCAUGUUUGUAUUCAUUCUCUUUGGUUUCUCUUAUAAAUCAAAGACAAGAGU